GGCGCUCUAGCAGCGUUUAACUAUCCAGCCCUGAACCUACAGAUCCCCAGGCUCUUGCUGCUCUCUGGCGGCAGGAACCCGGAGCCAGAGCCCCGGGGAUCGCACCUUGUAUGCUCCGCUAGGGCAAGGGCAAGCAGAGAGUGACCGCGAGUCUAGAGAGAGGAAGGGAGGCAGCGAGACGCAGCUGGGACAAAGAGGACUGGGGUCCGGGAGAGCCGAGGAAAGGACAAGGGGACAGCUAGGGCAGAGGGAGGUCGUGGGCGCCAGCGGGGAAACACCCCCACCGCACCCCACCCCCGCAGCCUCCGGCCGCGAAGAGCCCCUUCUCUGGCUUCAGCCCUCGCUCACACCGGCCGCCCCCUCCUCCCUCCCGGCCGCCCCUCCUCCGUCCCGCCCCCGCGCAGAGUCCCAAGCGCUGCAGAGGCCGCUGCCUGCACUGCCGCUCCCGGAGCCGCCGCUCGCCCUGGACACGCUUGGAGAAGGGCGCAGGGCGACCGCCCCGGCCCUUCCCUCCCUGCGACUCCGCGGCCACCGCUAGACCGGUUCCUUCGCGCCACCGUUCCCGCUGGGACCUUCCCGGCCCUGUGGCUUCCCCUCCGCUCCCCCUGCUCCACGGCUCCCCUGAGGUCCCCUCCGCGGCGGGAACUUGGGCAGGACCGACGGGACCCGCGCGCGGGGCUGCCUCCGGCGCUGCGGCGAUGCCCGCGGGCCCCCUCCUCGCCACUUGCUCGCCCUGUACCGGGGCUCGGGCCCCGACGGCUGCGCCGUGAGAUGACUUUCCGCGACCUCCUGAGCGUCACUUUCGAAGGACCCCGCUCGAACAGUAGCACUGGGGGCUCCGGCGCGGGCGGUGGAACUGGCACGGCUAGACCGGAGGGCCCGGCGGUGGGCGGCGUGCCAGGGACCACUGGCGGCGGCGCUGUGGUGGGGACCGGCAGCGGCGAGGACAAUCAGACCUCCACGGGAGAACCGGGGGCUGCGGCAGGCGGCGAGGUGAAUGGCUCAGCGGCCGUCGGGGGGCUGGUGGUGAGUGCACAGGGCGUAGGAGUGGGGGUCUUCCUAGCAGCCUUCAUCCUCACCGCUGUGGCAGGCAACCUGCUCGUCAUCCUCUCGGUGGCCUGCAACCGCCACCUGCAGACGGUCACUAAUUAUUUCAUCGUGAACCUGGCGGUGGCUGACCUACUGCUGAGUGCCGCUGUGCUGCCCUUCUCAGCCACUAUGGAGGUUCUGGGCUUCUGGGCCUUCGGCCGGACCUUCUGCGACGUCUGGGCCGCGGUGGACGUGCUGUGCUGUACCGCCUCCAUCCUUAGCCUCUGCACCAUCUCUGUGGACCGGUACGUGGGCGUGCGCCACUCGCUCAAGUACCCAGCCAUUAUGACAGAGCGCAAGGCCGCUGCCAUCCUGGCUCUGCUCUGGGCGGUGGCCCUGGUGGUGUCCGUGGGACCGCUGCUGGGCUGGAAGGAGCCAGUGCCCCCGGAUGAGCGUUUCUGCGGCAUCACCGAGGAAGUGGGCUAUGCUGUCUUCUCUUCCGUGUGCUCCUUCUACCUACCCAUGGCUGUGAUCGUGGUCAUGUACUGCCGCGUGUACGUGGUCGCGCGCAGCACCACGCGCAGCCUCGAGGCAGGCAUCAAGCGGGAGCCAGGCAAGGCCUCCGAGGUGGUGCUGAGGAUCCACUGUCGCGGUGCAGGCACUAGCGCCAAAGGAACCCAUGGGACGCAGAGUAGUAAGGGCCACACCUUGCGCAGCUCGCUCUCUGUAAGGUUGCUCAAGUUUUCCCGGGAGAAGAAGGCCGCCAAGACGCUGGCCAUCGUCGUGGGUGUCUUCGUCCUGUGCUGGUUUCCCUUCUUCUUCGUCUUGCCACUGGGCUCUCUGUUCCCGCAGCUGAAGCCAUCCGAGGGCGUCUUCAAGGUCAUCUUCUGGCUGGGCUACUUCAACAGCUGUGUGAACCCGCUCAUCUACCCCUGCUCCAGUCGCGAGUUCAAGCGCGCCUUCCUCCGCCUCCUGCGCUGCCAGUGUCGUCGCCGCCGCCGCCGCCUCUGGCGCGUCUACAGCCACCACUGGCGAGCCUCGACGGGAGACCAGCAUCCUGACUGUGCCCCCAGCCUGCGCGUCGCACCCCCGGGAGCCCCCCUGGCCCUCACUGCACACCCGGGCCCGGGCUCCGCAGGCACGUCCGAGGCGCAGGCUCCCGUCUCCGGCCGUCGAAAGCCAGCCUCCGCCCUCCGGGAGUGGAAACUGCUCGGGCCGCUGCAGAGACCCACGACCCAGCUGCGUGCGAAGGUGUCCAGCCUGUCCCACAAGAUCCGCUCCGGGGGCGCACGGCGCGCGGAGACUGCGUGCACCCUGCGAUCGGAGGUAGAGGCGGUGUCUCUAAGCGUUCCCCACGACCGGGCAGAGGCGGUCAUCUGCCCUGCCUAUGAACCAGCCGACUACAGCAAUCUCCGGGAGACUGACAUUUAAGGACCGAGACCUACCCAGGUUAGGGGAAGUGCUGGAGCCAGGGAUGGGGUGCAUUGUGGGAUGCUGCCUCGGGAUCCAGGGCUCUGCCCACGCGGGGGGCUCCAUCCCCAGAGCACUUCCAAGGUGGUGAGUUAUGGCAUCCCCUGAUGGAACACAGGUGUCCAGAGCUCUUCCUGGAAGGGAAAGACUGCAGGGUUCACCCUUCUCAUCCAGUUUGAGAACUGCUUAGUCAGCGGGUCCUGAAGUCAGGGCCACACUCCUUGGGGAGGAAGAGGAACAGAUUCUUGCUUUGCUGCUCCCAGGAAAAAGAUCAGUGGACAGUUUGUACUCCUGCUGCCACCCGGAGGAAGUCAGUGGACCUACCAUAGGAACUGCAUCCUGCAAGCUUUGGUGGCAUGUUGGAUGAUGCCUGCCAUACAAAUCUGUUGUUUUUCUCCCUUGGCCCACUGCCCCCUCUUCACAUUCCUAACCUGUAUGUACCCUUCACCUGGCCCAGCCCUCACUAUUACCCCCCCAGGGGCCUUACUGUUUACACUCUGUACAUAAUUCAUUGUACCUGUCUGUGCCCACCACUUCUCACUGGGAUUCCAGGCUGCCGACAGGGGAGAGCCUUAUUUAUCAUUUUGAAACCUAUUUAUUGGUAAGAGUACUUAUAUUUUGUUCAGACUGUGCAAACUGUCCAUCUUUGGCCUGUAAUUCAUAUAGAGCCUCCUUUUUCUAAAAUCCUUAGACCAACACAGGAUAGUCGAUGUUCACUU